AUGUCGGACGUGGAGAUUCUGGUGCAUACCUCUGCACCAAGCAGAGGCCAAGAUGACGCCCGAUAUCGAGCACUGGCUCAAGCUUACAUACAGUUUGUACCGGCGACUAUCAUAGCGCUGAAAGAUGGCAACGACGAAGAUGAAGAGGCCGGUAGGCCAUCAAGCGAUGCGACCGAUGACAUAACUGAACUGGUGGAUAGCCAGCUAUUCGAGGAACUGUGGAAUAGCACGCAAGAUGGCCCUGCUUCAUGGGAGUCGUAUCGUCCCGACGAUGAACAUGACAACAAUACUACCGAGGAUUCCCCUACCCAGGAAAUAUCACAAAGCCAACAAGGCCGAUCGGAGACCUUUGUCUCCCCACAACUAUCUUUCAAUAGCGUCUUAAACAACGCAGAUUCUCCAGCUUUCCGAUAUCAUAUCACGUGUGCCGAACUGCCCUCUCGAAAGCCCGCUGUAAGCCAAGAGCAGGAUUCUGCUGCUUCCUGGCGACCUGCCCCAAGCACAAUUGCAGAUUCCCAACCAGAUAAUGGUAAGGGACUGCCGGCGUUUUCCUCUCCGACCACAAUGCUCGAGCUCUACCUGCAGCAGAUUGACAGCUCGGACGUGGAAUCGCAAGAAGCGCCUAGUAGUCGAAGCCGCCGAAACGAGAGUGAAAGUCCUUCGAAGAUGUCUAAUAUCCAAGACGGUUACUUGUCGAGCUUGCCAGAGGUUGGCAACCAUGAUUCUUUAGAUUCACGUAUGCGAUAUUUAGACCCACCCUUGAGGACCAAUAGUCUUAAGAUUCGUCAUAUGACUUCAAGUUCCGGGAAUGUAGCAUCACAAGUGCCUACCCCCUCCGAAAGAGGAUCGUCACCUUUGGCAACAGAAAUCAAGUCUGGGGAUAUAUCAGACGCAUAUUCAUAUUCUGAUGGGUCGAUACCAGCGAUACCCUCUCUCCUCAAGUAUUUUCCCUCCCAAUCUAAGCAAGCUAGUCAACGGGCUGAGUUAGCUUCCACACAUGACAAUUCCAUGCAUACUGCAUCUACACCCUCUGGACCCUCUCUGACUACUAGCAAAUCGCCUUCUGAGCAUUUGCCUCACCGACUGGAGAAUAACGGAUCCGAUUCACAUACACCACUUGCUGUUGAAUCGGCUUUAUCACCAAGAGCAGCCGGCGAUCAGAAGCCUCAGUCUUCCAACCCCAUAAUGGGAUAUCUAAGACAUGGAACCUCUACAUCUCAUGCCAUCCAACCGCCUACACCUCUGAAGUUAGACUCGCAGAAACAAUCCGAGCACCGGCCAAGUAAUCAUAAUCCCAUUUUGGCAUCUCCACACGACCCGGAACUCCAGUUAAAACGAAGACGGCCCGAAUUAAGUUCCGGCAAUACCUCAUCAUCUGCUUCAAUAUCUUCCCUAUUGGAGCCUUUACAAAGAUUGAGCAAGCCGCAAAAGAAGAAACGGAUCGUAAUAGAUCGUUCAGAUAAUUCUAGAAGAUUAAGUUCAUCAUCUUCCGGUCAGACACCCGAGGCCACAUCUUCAAUAACGACUAGGAGUCAGAUAAUAACUUCAUGGUUUGACAAGCUCGAAAUACAUCCUCCCCCACCAGCAACCUCGUCAAUGAACCUGACCCAAGAAAUGCUCAUCACUGAGUCCUUUCAUACUCUGGCACAAAAAAUGCCAAUGAGCAAACUCUACAACCCAAUACACCAGACUCGAGAUUUGCGGCCCAUGGAGCGUGGAUAUUGGCUAAUCAACUGUGACUCUUGGAAAGACGAUCUGCGUAUGAGGAAUUGGAAUUGUCUUGGAAAUUAUAUUGGGAAAGGGAUGGCUGGAUGGGGUGUUUGGUGUGUUAGGGAUGAGGAAUUCGGAUCAAUCAGGGUCUAUUGCUGGGGAACAGUGGUGGGAUAUGUUUAUUUGUUGCUUUUUAUGGCUAGUGAGAGUAAGGUUAAAAGGCCGGGGGCGUGCUGGAUAGGUGGGGAUGGAGAGGUGGUUGUAAGGAUGCCUUCAUGA